AUGGCCGAGGAGCAAGGUAGCAGCGGCAUCUACUUCCCCAAAAAGGAAGAUAGGCCUAAAACCAAACCUACAACUGGUGGUGGCUACGAUGGUGGAGAUGAUGACAUAGCAAUUUUCGGAGAGGGGUAUGAUGACCCUGUAAUUCCAGAAGCUAUAGAUGAUGAACCUACAACCGGUGGUGGCAACAAUGGUGGCAAUGAUGACUCAGAUGAUGAGUAUGAGGGAGGCUACGGAGAUGGAUAUGAGGACCCUGCAAUAUUCCCAGGCCCAGCAGGUACUGGUGACUCUAACAUCAAAGUUACAAUUAUUAGUGGAAACGAUGGCUCUGAUGACGACAUAGCAAUUUUCGGAGAGGGCGAUGAUGACCCUGCUAUUGGUGGUGGUGGUGGUGAUGGUAACUUUAACACCAAACCUACAACUGGUGGUGGCAAUGAUGGCCCCGUAAUCCAAACAACUACUGGUGGUGGCUCAGGUGGUCAUGAGAAAAAGUAA